UAACGAGGCAAUUUAUUUUUUACAGAUUCGGCACAUUAGGCAACAGGAAGGCUCGAAUAGUCAUGCCGUACAACAGGGGGAAGUGUCUUCUUCGAAUCCUAACAUACUGUCCACCGAUCAAGUUGGUCCUAUUUUACUCGAGGCGCUAGAUGGCUUUUUAUUUGUUGUAAAUACGGAGGGACGAGUGGAGUACGUAACUGAUAACAUAACGCAGUACAUAAAUUACACGAAGGAUGAUGUGCUCGGCAAGGAUAUUUAUAAUAUUAUUCACCAUGGAGACCACAACACCUUCAUGCCGAGCUUGUUGCCUAUGCCAUUAGGUUGGUAUAUAUCUUUCUCGUAUACCGUCGUAAUUUCUUUCACGUUUUAACCCUCUGUAACUUUCAAGUUACACAUUCGUGUGCCUAUGUUCUUUCAGUUUUAUUUCUUAUCGCUAGUCUUAUCGCAUGCAAUAUGCAAAAUUAUGUAAAAUAUGUGGCCAUAUUUUUGGGGGCGAAAUCGGGGACAGGAAAGAAGGUGGGAAUUAUAAACA